UUUUUUUUUAUCCGUUCUGCGUACCCUACUCUGCUCCCACUUUUUACCUUUUUAAUCACAAAGGUUUCCAGUCCUCUUUUCCUUUACUCCUCAACUUCAGCAACUCUCCUCCCGCUCCCUCCUUCCACCAGCCCCCAUCUCUAUUUAAACAAACAGGCGGCAAAACUGGACCUGGGCAGAGCAGCCUUUGAAGUGGGCGUGCCUUUCUGCUGGGGAAAGGGAGGAGUUAGACUCUGGGCAACAUCAUUCCUCCCUGGUCAGCUGGGAGAGCAAUCAAAACUGCAGCAAGUCAGAGGCUCCGGCCAGAGAGCAGGAGCUGCCCAGGGGCUGUGGUCCUGAAAGCUCCUCUCCGGGGAGCUAACCAGGGAGAAGAGGUACUGAAGAGCGACUGAACCGGCUGCAGCGAGGCAUCAGCUCGAAGGCGUCCUUGAGGAGCAUACCGAACUCCUAGGAAGAAGUAGAAUAAGAAGCAGGCAGAGAAACCAGAGCCGGUGGAAUCUCUAAGAGGUAACAACCGGGUUUAACAUGGAUCGCUGAAAGCAUCUUUCUCCUACGAUCUGGAUGGUCAGGGAGACUUGGCUUCUCUGACUGUCCUCUAAGACGCAGAUUCACAGAGUUCACUCCAGGAACUUCCAGAGGCCAAGAGUCUGGAAAUGGCAAAAACCUACGUGAAAUCUAAGGAGAUGGGAGAGCUGGUCAACACACCAUCCUGGAUGGAUAAAAGUCUGGGCUCCCAAAAUGAGGUGAAGGAGGAAGAGAGCAGACCAGGUACUUACGGGGUGCUCAGCAGCUUAACUGAAGAGCAUGACAGUAUUGAGGAGGAAGAAGAAGAGGAAGAAGAUGGGGAGAAACCUAAGAGAAGGGGUCCCAAGAAAAAGAAGAUGACCAAAGCUCGCCUUGAGAGAUUCAGAGCUCGGAGGGUCAAGGCCAAUGCCAGAGAACGGACCCGGAUGCAUGGCCUGAACGAUGCCCUGGAUAACCUGAGGCGAGUCAUGCCAUGCUACUCCAAAACCCAAAAACUUUCCAAGAUAGAGACUCUUAGACUGGCCAGGAACUAUAUUUGGGCUUUGUCUGAAGUCUUGGAGACUGGCCAAACACCUGAAGGAAAAGGCUUUGUGGAGAUGCUCUGUAAAGGGCUUUCUCAGCCCACAAGCAACCUGGUGGCUGGAUGUCUCCAACUGGGCCCUCAGUCUGUCCUCCUGGAGAAGCAUGAGGAUAAAUCUCCUAUUUGUGACUCUGCCAUCUCUGUCCACAACUUCAAUUAUCAGUCUCCGGGGCUCCCCAGCCCUCCUUACGGCCAUAUGGAAACACAUCUCCUUCAUCUCAAGCCCCAAGUAUUCAAGAGUUUGGGAGAAUCAUCCUUUGGGAGUCAUCUACCUGACUGCAGUACACCCCCUUAUGAGGGUCCACUCACUCCACCCCUGAGCAUCAGUGGGAACUUCUCCUUGAAGCAAGAUGGGUCUCCAGACCUAGAAAAAUCCUACAGCUUCAUGCCACAUUACCCUUCUGCAAGUCUAAGCUCAGGGCAUGUGCAUUCAACUCCAUUUCAGGCUGGUACCCCCCGUUAUGACGUCCCUAUUGACAUGUCCUAUGAUUCCUACCCCCAUCAUGGUAUUGGGACCCAACUCAAUACAGUCUUCAGUGAGUGAGGCAGUAAGUUCAACAUUCCAGAGAAUGACGUGGAGACAUUUCCCAUAAUUCAAGUGGUUGAGCUAAAGAUUCAAUGACUUUAAAGGAUCCCCAUGGAUAUAUAUCAAACAAUAGUUCUAGUCCAUUUAGGCUUUCCUUCACCUGUCACCUCUUUUCUCAUCACCUUCUCACAUUGCAUUGAUUUCUUCAUAGGAUCCUCAAGUGAAAAUAUUUGUUGAUUUAAUCAUCACAUGAAAGUAGAAGAGAAGACCUGGGUCCUAUUCCAGUGGUGCCAAAAACUCAUUGCCUAGUCUAUGCCAAUUCAUUUUCCAUUUCUGGCCUUUGUUUAUUUACUAGCAAUUGUAAAUAAACAAAUUGUAUUUAUAUGAGGCAAUCGUUCUAAGUCCAGAUGAUUUCUAAAGUCCUUCACAGUUCUGAAAUUCUAUAACUGUGGUGAUCACUCUUAAAUUCCUUGAAACUAAAAGACUAGAGCAAUGAUAGGAAAGGGAUACUAUGCACAGAAUAAUCAAACUGAGUUACCAGAAGGAACACAAGGUGCAUGUCUCUUAGCUCACAGAAUGAAAAGCUUGUCUGGAUUUAAUGAUAGGACUUCUUUGUGUCUAUGGAAAAAUAGCUUCUAGCAGCUAAAAGUCUAACAUGGCUGUCACUGUGAAGAAUAAAACAUGUUCUUUAAGAGAUUAACUCUAUUUGUUAUUGGACUAAAAGUUGAACAUAUCUUCCUUAUGAUUUGAAGAACCAUAAUAGACAACCACAAUAGACUCAUGCCAACUUUAUUCUUGAAAAUAUUUCAAAACCGUUUUUCUCAGUACCAGAGGCAGGGCAAACAAGUCACUGAAGCUUCAAACUCCUAUGACUAAUGGGACAUAGAGAAGUCUUCUAGACCAUGACCUCCAUAACCAGAGGGCUCUGGAACUUCUGAUUGAAGCUCAGGUGCUGCUGUUAGGAUCAGCACACAACACAGGUUUAUAUUUAAGAGCAAUAGAAUAGCUAUUGUCUAUACUAACUACCGUAGUUCAGGGACUCUCUCCAGCUCACAGUUGCCCAUGGGAAAACCAAUGGAUUUUUUUUUUUUUUUAGCAAGAUGAAUUUCAUUUGGUUAAAUGUGAUUAAAACCAUCCACCUCUGUCCACACCAAUAUAUUUUCCAGAAGCACAAGCACCAAUCAAUUUAUUGACCAAGGUUAAAAUUUCCCAACAUAUAUAUAGUUCCUUCUCUCUCCUAUUGCACUAAUUGUUACCUCUUCCUCACUUCUAAGAUAGCAUAUGUUAUUACAUAUUGUAGAUAAAAUUUCAAGUGACCAAACUUAUGGAUGUAGAAAUGAAAUCCAAGGUCAGUGAAUACUUUUUGCCAACUAUGUCUUCAUCACAGGUUGAGACCAAUUUGCUGAGUGUUCAUUUUUCUUUAUGUAACUCCUCUUUCCUUUAUAUCAACACUAACUUUAUCAAAUUUGUAUUUUUUUCAGAAAAUGAGACCUAAGAAAUUUUCCUAUCUUGUUCAAUCAGCCAGGACAGUUAUUUAAGUCAAACCAGAGCCUGCACAGCUUAUUUGAUAGUGGAUUAGGUCCGGCUCCUGCCAGAGAGGAUAAGUUUAGUAUGCAGAGUACCUCAAUAGGGGCAGUACAAAAAUCGAUAACACAGAUUAUUAUGUCAUUUUCUAUAGCUCAGCUAUCACCUAAAAUCUGCCAACUACAUGUGUAUCUUGUCUUUCUACCUGUCUUAUUUAUUAUCUCCUUACAGCAUGAGUUACUUUUCUCCAUUUUGCUCGCACCACUUACCCUGCUAUAUUUCGCACCCUUGGUUUAUAAAUUCACUUGAAAUAGCCCUGGAGAGAGAUCUUAACCUCCAUUAGCCACCAAAGUGGUCCCCCCUUAUCACAAUUUUCUCUACAGUAAAUAUGCAAGUAAAAUGACUUAUAAAGCCUUACUAUGUGCUUUCUGAGGAUGUACUGCACUUACCUUUGUGAGAGGCUGUGGAAGGUUCCAUUCUUGAAGCUGGCAUUUUCUGGCAUUUAAGUUUGUAGAUAAUCAAUGUUGUCUGAGUUAUUUAUUAGAUAUUAUUUAUUUAAUUUAUUUCUCUCUUCCUUUUAUAAAAAUUCCUUUGGCCCCUUAGAUGUGCUUGCAACCCCUCCCUAAAAUUUUAUUUGGAAAGCAGCCCAUGGUUUUGCUAGGAAUUGCUGAGUUUUGGAGUGAGGGGAAAGGAGAAAGUAGAGAAUUACCUCUGUGAUGAUUUUUAUAAAAAGCAGCAAUAAUUUGAAUGGCUAUGCAAGUUAAUGUUUUUAGAUUCUUUUCUUUAGUCUAAGAUGAGCCAGAGUUAUUCUUUAAUAAUCUGCUGUGUAUGCCUUUGGGGAAUAUGGUACCCAUGAGUCAGGACUUUCUGAAAUUGUGCAGAGGGAUUUUAUAAUUGAAUUAAAAUUUAGAAAUGCAAUAGCUUGUAAAGAGCCUACUCUCCAACCUAGUGUGGUCUCAUUCUUCUGGAGACAUUUUAGAUAAAGCAAAACAAUUGUUUAAAUAUUUUGUAUAAAACAUGACUGUUUUUCCUCCCCUUUUCCUAGCAGAAAUAAAGCUGUAAGUCUUAUUAGA